AUGAGUCAGCUGAAAAUUAAAAGAGGAAACUUUUUAUUCACAUCUGAAUCAGUGAAUGAAGGACACCCAGAUAAAAUAUGUGACCAGAUAUCUGAUGCUAUUUUAGAUAGUUGUUUACGUGAGGAUCCAUAUAGCAAGGUUGCAUGUGAAGUAUGUGCUAAAAAGAAUUAUAUUUUUAUAUUUGGAGAAAUAACUACAAAGGCUAAGGUAAAUUAUGACAAGGUUACACGAGACGUAUUAAAACACAUUGGCUAUGAUGAUGAAAGUAAAGGUUUAGAUUACAAAACGGCAAAGAUAAAAGUAUCUAUAGAUGAACAAUCUCCUGAUAUAGCUCAAUGUGUACAUGAAAAUAGGUCACCAGAAUUAAUAGGAGCAGGAGAUCAAGGAAUUAUGUUUGGUUAUGCUACUGAUGAAACUGAGAAUUAUAUGCCUUUAACACAUCAUUAUGCUACCUUAUUAGGUAAGAGGUUAACUGAAGUUAGGAAAUUAGGUAUCUUACCUUAUUUAGGACCUGAUGGUAAAACACAAAUAACUAUAGAAUAUAAAAAUAAGGGUAGUUGUGGUGGACAUUUGGAACCUUUACGUGUUCAUACUGUUCUUAUUUCAACUCAACAUGCUGAAGAUAUAAAAUAUGAACAAUUAAAAGCCGAUUUGAUGGAAAAUGUUAUCAAAUAUGUUAUUCCAGAAAAAUUACUAGAUAAUGAAACCUUAUAUUAUUUGAACCCAUCUGGAAAAUUUGUUCUUGGAGGACCAGCAGCAGAUGCAGGUUUAACUGGAAGAAAAAUUAUUUGUGAUACCUAUGGAGGAUGGGGAGCUCAUGGUGGUGGUGCCUUUUCAGGAAAAGAUGCAUCCAAAGUCGAUCGUUCAGCUGCUUAUUAUUUACGUUUUAUAGCCAAAUCUCUAGUUGCUAACAAAUUUUGUAGACGUGUCUUAGUACAAGCUUCUUAUUCCAUAGGUAUUGCUAACCCCAUAUCACUUAAUGUUAAUUCUUAUGGUACCGUAAGCACAGGCUAUACAGAUUAUGAUUUAGAACAAAUCAUUUUGAGAAAUUUUGAUCUUAGACCAGGUUUUAUUAUUCAAGAAUUAAAAUUAACAGAACCGGUUUUUUCAAAAACAUCUGCUUAUGGACAUUUUGGAAGAGAAGGAGAUACGUUCACGUGGGAAAAUAUUAAAGAUUUAUCUCACGAAAAAAAUGUAUUAAAAAAUUAA